AAUGCUCGAAACCAUAACAUUUUCUUACAUUUUCCUUCCGAUCAACCAAACGGACAUUCUUCCAAGCUUGAUCAACCGAACGUUCCAAAAAACCAUACUCAGAUUCAACCAAUCAAAAGCGCUCUUACCCUCUCCGCAUUGAAUCCUCAGAGAUGCUAUUAUAGGUCUCUUCUUGUAGAGGAAGCUCCAUAGAGAUGCAGAAAUUGGGUGAUUUCAAGCUACCUCACUUCUUCAAUUACCCACCGUACUUCACAACACAACUUCAGUGUAUGUUUCUCAGUUUGCAGCCAGUAAGGGACACCCGUGAGAAGCAGGUACAACUUUGGAAGGAACUCAUUAUUGAUUACUGUAGAACACAAAAAUUAUUUGUGAUUGGACUGGAAGAAGAUUUUCCACUAUUUUCAAAUCCUGUGAUUGAAAGAUCUCUUACUCAUGAAGCCAGGGAAGCAUUCCUCUCAGCAUUAGUUUCAGAAGCAGGACGUGCAGAAUGGUUGGAUAAAGGACAUAAGAAAUGUCUAAUUCUCUGGCACCGCAUUCAGGAUUGGGCUGACAUUAUUUUAGGUUUUGUUAAAGAUAAUGGGUUAGAGGACAGCGUUAUAACAGUCGAGGAAAUGCGUUCAGGGAUUGAAUGUCGAGGAACAGAGCUUCAUGGGAUUGACCGUACAAUACUAAUGCGAGCUUUGAGACUACUUGAACAAAAGGGGAAGCUUGCUAUAUUCAAGGGAACUUCGGCUGAUGAUGAAGGCGUGAAAUUCUCCAUGUAACCCUUUCACUUGGUUCCUUUUCAUAUGUUAUCAAGCAAUGCUGCCUGUUACUGCUGCUCUGGUAGGGUUUGCAAGUGUUCCUGUUGGUCAGGUUGAGGUUCUUCCAUUCUUUUCUGGGCUUUUGUGAAUUUAUUUGUGUUGGACUCGAGUUGGGUUUUACAGGUCUUUGUAAAAAAUUGUUAGCUUUUAUGUCACGAGGCAGAGUUGGGUCAUGUUGAAGCAUAUGUAUAAAACUAUAUAGGUCAAUUUUAACCCGAUCCAUUUAAUUAAAUAGACCAGAUCCCGCAA